UGUAUAUGUGGGUUAAUAGUACAAACCAAUUUGUAAAGAACAGAAUUAUGUAACACCAAUCCGUGAUUUGAUUUUCAGACAUAAUGCAAGCAAGGCUAUUAUGUCGCACCAACUUGAGUAACUGAAAGCACUCCUUUGCAUACUAAAACUCAUUUCGUCUGGUAUAUGACCAAACUUCAGUUACAAAACUUACUCCCUGGAAAUGUUAUGAUAUCAGGUGGGAGUUUUUAUAUAAAUACUAGUACCACAGCUUGUUAGACAUUGUGAAUCAACGAUCCAAGAAAUCAUCAAAAAUGUUCAAACUCGUAGCACUUCUCGCUCUAACUGGUGCAGUACUGGCCGACCCUAAGCCAAGCGGAGUCUUCGCAGCAGCUCCAUUAACAGUAGCCCCAGCCGUAGCCCCAGCAGUUGUCACAGCCCACAGUUCCCAAGUAGUCGCACGUAACUUCAAUGCCCUCGUAGCUCCUUCAGCCCCGUUUGUAGCCGCAGCUCCGGUAGCUGCUGUAAGAAGUCCGUUGGUAGCUGCACCCGUAGUAGCUUCGCCUUACGUAGCAGCCCCAUAUGUGGCGUCUCCGUAUGCUGCCUCGCCCUACUUCGCAUCUCCCUAUGUUGCUGCACCAGCAUUCAUUUAAGCUGAGAACUUGUUACUGAGUUUGUGUAUAUUCUUGUACAAAUAUAUUUAGGUCCG